CUCAUCCUCCAGUAUUUAUGCUGCAGUAGUUUGUGUCGGGGGGCUAGGGUCAGUUUGUUAUAUCUGGAGUACUUCUCCUGUCCUAUUCGGUGUCCUGUGUGAAUCUAAGUGUGCGUUCUCUAAUUCUCUCCUUCUUUCUUUCUCUCUCUCAGAGGACCUGAGCCCUAGGACCAUGCCCCAGGACUACCUGACAUGAUGACUCCUUGCUGUCCCCAGUCCACCUGGCCAUGCUGCUGCUCCAGUUUCAACUGUUCUGCCUUACUAUUAUUCGACCAUGCUGGUCAUUUAUGAACAUUUGAACAUCUUGGCCAUGUUCUGUUAUAAUCUCCACCCGGCACAGCCAGAAGAGGACGGGCCACCCCACAUAGCCUGGUUCCUCUCUAGGUUUCUUCCUAGGUUUUGGCCUUUCUAGGGAGUUUUUCCUAGCCACCGUGCUUCUACACCUGCAUUGCUUGCUGUUUGGGGUUUUAGGCUGGGUUUCUGUACAGCACUUUGAGAUAUCAGCUGAUGUACGAAGGGCUAUAUAAAUAAAUUUGAUUUGAUUUGAUAUGAACUGUAACUCAGUAAAAUCGUUAAUUGUUGCAUGUUGCGUUUAAGUAAUAAGGCACAAGGAGGUGUGGUAUAUGGCCAAUAUACCAUGGCUCUGUUCAUGUGCGCAACGCAGAGUGCCUGGAUACAGCCCUUAGCCGUGAUAUGUUGGCCAUAUACCACAAACACCUGAGGUGCCUUAUUGCUAAUAUAACCUGGUUACCAACAUAAUUAGAGCAGUAGAAAUACAUGUUUUGUCAUACCCGUGGUAUACUGAUAUACCACGGCUGUCAGCGAAUCAGCAUUCAGGGCUCAAAUUACACAAUUUAUCAUUAUAUUUUGUGUGUGUAAACAUACACAUACAUACAUACACACCCACCCACCCGUAAAACAUCAGUCUCACACCCACCCACCCGUAAAACAUCAGUCUCAAUGUCAACAGUGAAGAGGCGACUCUGCGAUUCUGACCUUCUAGGCAGAGUUGCAAAAAAAAAAGAAGCCAUAUUUCAGACUGGCCAAUAAAAAAUUAAGAUGGGCAAAAGAACACAGACACUGGACAGAGGAACUGCCUAGAAGGCCAGCAUCCUGGAGUCUUCUCUUCACUGUUGACGUUGAGACUGGUGUUUUGAGGGUACUAUUUAAUGAAGCUGAUAAUGGGCCUCUGUACGCCUAUGUAGAUGUUCCAUAAAAAAAACAGCCGUUUACAGCUACAGUCAUUCACAACAUUAACAAUGUCUACACUGUAUUUCUGAUCAAUUUAAUGUUAUUUAAAUGGACAACAAAAAUUUGCUUUUCUUUCAAAAACAAGGACAUUUCUAAGUGACUUUUGUGUGUGUGUGUAUAUAUCUAUAACCCUACCUCAUUGGAGUAAACUAAAUAUAUAUUAUAUUAUAAUGUGUUAUAUUGUUAUUUUCCCGUAAACCUACCACCCUCCCCUGAUUAGAGUAAAUUAAUGGACAACAAUACAGCUUAUACAUGCUAUGUACAUUUGCUGGACAGUAUGUUUUACAUGAGUUAUAUUUUUGUUUGUUUUUAGUCCCAGCCUUCAGCUACCCUCAACCUCUCCCACCCACCCCUCCCCAAACUGAUGGUGUUGGUUUGGAUGGGGAUAACCCUGAGCACAUCCAUUGGGUGUUUCAGAGGGCCCAGGAGAGAGCUGUUGACUACAGCAUCACAGGAGUCACAUACAGACUCACACAAGGUGUCGUGAAAAGGAUCAUCCCUGCUGUGGCGUCAACUAAUGCUGUAAUAGCUGCUGCCUGCUCCACUGAAGUUUUUAAAAUAGCUUCAAGCACUUAUAUUCCACUGAAUAAUUAUCUGGUAUUUAAUAUUGUGGACGGACUGUACACCUACACCUUUGAGGCAGAGCGAAAGGAGAACUGCUCAGCUUGUAGCCAGGUGCCCCAGGAUCUACAGUUCCCACCCUCUGCCAAGCUACAGGAGGUCCUGGAGUACUUGACAGAGAACGCCUCCCUACAAAUGAAAUCCCCAGCCAUCACAGCAACCCUGGACGGGAAAAAUAAGACACUGUAUUUACAGACUAUAGCUUCAAUUGAAGAAAGAACUAGACCAAACCUUUGCAAAACCUUGAAAGAACUGGGAUUGUCCGAUGGACAGGAACUAGCAGUGGCGGAUGUCACCACACCUCAGGCUGUCCUCUUCAAGUUGAAACUCACCUCUUAAAGGGCUAGUGCAGUCAUAAAUGUGAUUUUUCGUAUGUUUUAUCUAUUUUUCUACACUGAGGUUGGAAUAAUUCUGUGAAAUUGUGAAAAUUAUGAUAAUAUCCUUUUAGUGUAAGCGUUGUUUGAAGAGAACGCCUGAAAUUUCAGGUAAUUUUGCAUGGGUGGAGUUUUGGCCUGCCUGGCGACAUUACCGGGCGGUGUUAAUAGACCAAUAACAGAGAGUUCCAAACUUCUGCCAAUAACAGCUAGUUUUCAGGUUACAUAUCCCUUCCAUUAAGCUUCUCCAAUUAGCUACCACUCCGAGACAGUCCUAAUGAAAUUAUUGCUUGAGAAAUAGCUUUUUGCCAAGAAGCUAUUUUUGUUUCUUUUUUUUUACCAUUGUUUUCAAUUAAAAUCACAGUAAGGUACUUAAUUGUUGCCCAGAAAUAAUUUGAUAUUGAGAUAAAACACGACUGCAUUGGACCUUUUUUUAAAUGCAGAAUCUGUCGACAUUUGACAACCUUUGGGGAGAAAGUAGCAAGUGAUACAGGGUGGCAUGGUUUUAAUAUAUUUUAGUCUGAUAAUGUAUAUAAGAUCAUUUUCUCUGUCGUAUUGGCCCAUUGUGGGAGGUAGCUGAUGGCCAUCAACCUUCUAUAUCACUAUAUGUGGAAUCAGUCUAUGAAAAUGUUUCUUAAUGUUUUACUGCUAAAUGUUUGCUCCAAAUGUCUGUCUUCUUUCCCUCACUCAAAAGAGCAGUAGUUUAUAUAGGGUACCAGUCAAAAGUUUGGACACACCUACUCAUUCCAGGGUUUUUUCCCCUUUCUUUUCUUCUACAUUGUAGAAUAACAGUGAAGACAUCAAAACUAUGAAAUAAUACACAUGGAAUCAUGUAGUAACCAAAAAAGUGUUAAACAUAUCAAAAUAUAUUUUUAGGUUCUUCAAAGUAGCCACCCUUUGCCUUGAUGACAGUUUUGCAACCAGCUUCACAUGGAAUGCUUUUCCAACAGUCUUGAAGGAGUUCCCACAUAUGCUGAGCACUUCUUGGCUGCUUUUCCUUCACACUGCGGUCCAACUCAUCCCAAACCAUCUGUUGGGUUGAGGUUGGGUGAUUAUGGAGGCUAUGUCAUCUGAUGCAGCACCCCAUCACUCUCCUUCUUGGUCAAAGUGUGUUUGGGUCAUUGUCCUGUUGAAAAACAAAUGAUAGUCCGACUAAGCGCAAACCAGAUGGGAUGGUGUAUCGCUGUAGAAUGCUUUGGUAGCCUUGCUGGUUAAGUUUCUUGGCCCAAGCUAGUCUCUUCUUAUUGGUGUCCUUUAGUAGUAGAUUCUUUGCAGCAAUUUGACCAUGAAGGCCGGAUUCACAGUCUCCUUUUAACAGUUGAUGUUGAGAUGUGUGAACUCUGAAGCAUUUAUUUGGGCUGCAACUUCUGAGGCUGGUAACUCUAAUGAACUUUUCCUCUGCAGCAGAGGUAACUGGGUCUUCCAUUCCUGUGGCGGUCCUCAUGAGAGCCAGUUUCAUCUGCACUUGAAGAAACUUUCAAAGUUCUUGAAAAUUUUCAGAUCACUGACCUACAUGUCUUAAACUAAUGAUGGACUGUCAUUUCUCUUUGCUCAUUUGAGCUGUUCUUGCCAUAAUAUGGACUUGGUCUUUUACCAAAUAGGGCUGUCUUCUGUAUACCACCCCUACCUUGUCACGUCACAACACUACUGAUUGCCUCAAACACAUCAAGAAGGAAAGAAAUGACACAAAUGAACAUUUAACAAGGCACACCCGUUAAUUGAAAUGCAUUCCAGAUGACUACCUCAUGAAGCUGGUUGAGAGAAUGCCAAGAGUGUGCAAAGAUUUCAUCAAGGCAAAGGGUGGCUACUUUGAAGAAUCUGAAAUAUAUUUUAAUUUGUUUACCACUUUUGGUUACUACAUGAUUCGUAAUGUUAUUUCAUAGUUUUGAUGUCUUCACUAUUAUUCUACAAUGUAGAAAAUAGGAAAAAAUAAAUGAGUAGGUGUGUCCAAAUGUUUAGCUGGUACUGUUUGUAAUUAUGACAAACUGUGCUGCAAUAAAGUGUUUUG